ACAGCCGGCCGUUCGCGAUAAGGGGCGUGGAUUAACACGCGGCGCGCCGCUCGUUCUACAGGCGCAUGCUCGCGUCUCGCCGCACACGGCUCGGGAAAUCGUCAUAGGAAUUGCUUCUAGCGCAUUCAGUCGUUCACUGUACCACGCGGUGCCAUGCGAAACGAGCGUCCAACUACUACAACCUUACACAGGAGGACCUUGAUUCGUGCGCCGUUCUGGCUCGACCAGCGGCUUGGUGUCACGUUCGCCCACCUGGCGUCCGUAGCCGCAUCCAUUUCCUGGCGAGUGUUAUGUGAUGCCCCUGCGUGAGCGCACGUUGUGUUUGUGUCGUCUUCUGCCGGGAUCUCAUGGAUGCCACCGAACAUGUCGAGGAAUGCCUGCACGAGGACUGGCCACUCCUGCUUAAUCCAGUGAUCAACGCUGACUCCGCCGACCAAAGAUCUUCGCAGUUCCCCUCCGAGGGGCCGGGGUUCGCCCAACGCUGCGCCGUAUGGCUGGUGCCGGCACGCCUACGCCAAAAGCUGGGCCUCACCGGCGACGCCACGAAGGCCCCAGACGACGAUGGGGACGGCGGCGCCGAGCCGCCAUUCUCGGAGGAUACCACGCUGCGACGCGACGUCGAGUCCCUGGACGAGCUGGCGCUCAAGCUCGAAGACCUGGCGGCCACUCUGCGCGAGGCGCUGCUGCGUGCUAGCGCCCAGAGCCCGUCACUCGUGGAGCAGACAGCCCAGGGCGCCCACUACUUCGUCCGCUUCCAGCUGCCCAUCGUCGCAUUCGUGCAGAUUCUCUGGGUCGGUAUGCUCGCCACGUUCGACUGCCUGGUGACCGACAACACCUCUCAGGUCUACCGUUACCUGGUGCACGCCAUCAUGGUCGUCCUUCAGGCCGUCAACGUUCUGCACGUCGGUCUUGCUUCAUGGACUCUGACGCAUCAGCUGAUCAAGUUCCGGGCGGUCAGCGGAUUCCUCAUGGCGCAGACCUACCUGUCCACGGUGCUACUCUUCUCGGGCUUCUACCUCGUCAUCUACAGGCUCAACCCCUCCGGCUGGGAGCUUUCCCGCACUGAUCCGAUGAACAGCGGCGGAGCCUUCACGCAGUACGUGCGCAUGCUGUACCUGUCCGUCUCGUCGGCCACACUGUGCGGAGCGGCCAACAUCCAGCCAGUAGCGUGGUACGCAACGUUGUCUGUCUGCGUCCAGAGCCUGGUGAACUUCGUGUACUUCGCGUCCAUCCUGGCCCAGACGAUCGGCUGCAGCUCGUCGGCCGAAACCGUGUUCCGGAGGCGGGAGCGCAUCCAGGCCAUCUCGCGGCGCCUGAGCGCUCGCUCGUCGGUCUUCGCCGCAGGACAGCCCGGCGCUGCCGGCAUGCCCAUUCGCAGGCGCCACUCGACCCAGCUGCCCACGGUGGGCUUCGCCUCACUGCCAACGUAGCCAACGCCGCGCGUGACUGUGAGGAGAAGCGCCCUUAAUUCCCGCCGCGCCGUGGAGGAGCAGUUGUCUGCGUGGUGCUCUGCAGCGUUUCUUCUAUUUGUUUCAAAUCGACUCGGACACCUGCGUUGACGCACAGGGUAAAACGCAGGGUAAUGCCACAGCAAGAAAGAAAUCUUGUCUGCUCUCGGUUGCCAUUCAUACACUCUAUACGCUUCGUACGUUCAAAACACGACAACAUUGGUAAGGGGCGCGUAUUUUUGAAUUUCUCUGGGUGAGCGGUGCUUUCUGACGUCAGUAAUGGGAAGAGCAGCGAGGGCUCAGAUUUAUUUUGGUUGUAUUUUGUUGGAUCUUAAGGUGGAAUCGGAUGAUGGUACUGGAAGUUUGCCAGAGUAAUGUGCACUUUAAUUCAGCGCUAGGGGUAAUUUAUACACGUUGUAACAUGACACCUGGCACCAAAAUUACAUAAUAUUGAAUGGAUUCUAUAAUAUUAAUUCCGACUGAUGUAAACUUUAGGCUUUCCAUUAUACUUUUCUAGCAUCAUUUAUGACAUGUUACCGUAAAUAUUUAGGGCCCAGGCUGCCGACUAUACUUAUGAGAAUGUGAAAAUUUAUUUUGUGACAGAUGCACGAAAUAAAGGUGAAAUAAUGCGAAUACGCGUGUCCAUAAAUUUGUGCAAAAUGUGCACAUGUGAACUUGUUUAGUGUGCAUCGCCUCUCUGCGCGACCUGUGAGCAACCAUCAGGUAACAGCGAAGGAAAGAUUUUCAGAGUUCUUAUUUAAUAUUAUUUACAUGUACCCCAAGGAAAUGUCUUUGUUAAUUUUGCCGUUAUGUGAGCAAAUAACGCGUAUUUUGUCGAUGUUGUUACAUUAUAUCCUUUAGCGUUCGCCACUGGACGCACAAAGAUGAGGAUCACGCGCUUUCUCCGAAAGAUUAAUGACAUGUUGGGUGUGCCCUGAGCUAAUUCGUAGCCGUGCCGUGGGCCUCCUAUCGCAACGCAAUCCCACCUCAGCGACAAAGCUUUAUUUAGCGAGGUACGGACGACUGUAUGGUUCUGGGUCCAUCGUCAAUAAUGACGUCUCUUUGGCGAGCACUGGCGUCCUUUGAAAGAUUACUUGAAGCUUGUAGCAUUCUUGGCAGUCGCGCACUACUUCCGUAAACAUUAAGGUAGAAGGCUGAGAUGUUCGAAUAUGUGCCGUUCGGUCUGUCUACUCCGUGCUGCAUAGUAACCUGCAGUGCUGGUCAUCAGUGGUCUUCGUUUUUCUAGUUGUAUUAAAAGCUUUCGUCUAUUAAACAUGCAAUUCUGUUCAUACCUCCGUUCUUUUUUCGGCAAAUCUUUAAAGCUCUCCCCUCUACUUGGAUACUGUGAACUCGGCGCUUUCGUUCUGGUGUUAACUCAUAUCUCUUCCUUUUUUUUCAGUUACAAGCACCACGUGAAAUCGUUUGGCGUACCUUAGUAUCUGAACUAUUCUAGCCUCAUCAGAUUUUUAUUAAUUUAUUU